AUGAGUAAGAUGAGGCUGGGGACUCCGGAGAAGAAGUCUACGAAGAACAAACAACCGGUGGAUUGGUUCAAGGAUGGGGGAAAGGGACCGCCGCUGGGGCCAUCGGUGCAGGCUCGGUGGGCUGCGCCUGGGGGGGUGCGGAGGCGGUGGGAGAGGGAGGGGGCGGUGGUUGUUAUUGAUGAGAGGAGGGGUGGUGGUGGUGGUGUUGGUCGGUCUCCGCCUCCUCGUGGUGGUGUUGCUGGUGGUGCGCAGUCUGGUGUUGUUGCUGCGAUGGCUGAUGCGGUUGUUGGUCGUCCGCGGGUGAGGAGGCCGGCGAUUAUCGCGAGGAUCAGGAGGAGAGGGUCUAGUAGUGGUGGUGGUGCUGAUGAUGCUGGGCGUACUGGUGGUGUGAUGUGA